CUCCAUCCUCCUCUCCGCCAUCUUGCUCUCACAUCUCCACUCCACCCAACCCGCGGAUUUCUGCGUGGGCGCGUGGCCGAUCUGACCAGCCGGACCACAACCGGCUACACGUGCAAGAACCCGACCAACGUCACCGCCGACGACUUCGUGCUCACCACCCUGGUCCGCGGCGGCAACACCACCAACAUCAACAAGGCCGCCGCCGUCCCGGCCUUCGUCCAGCAGUUCCCGGGCCUGAACGGGCUGGGCCUGGCUGUACGUAGCCCGGGCCGACAUCGAGCCCGGUGGCGCGAUCCCGCUCCACACCCACCCGGCAGCCUCGAAGAUGGUCUACGUGGCGGAAAGGUCCGUCACGGCCGGGUUCAUCUCCGGGGCGCCGGCCAACGUGGUGUAUGUGAAGAAGCUGAACAAGGGGGAAGUGAUGGUUUUCCCGCAGGGGUGGUGAGCUCGGCGCUUUUUGGCAACGACUUCUCGUCGUUUUUGGUGGAGAAGACGACGAAUAUUGAUGAAGCUGAGGUGAAGAAGCUCAAAGCUCUUCUUGGUGGUUCUGGCUAG